CAAGACCUAUCACACUACACUAACUCCAUCGCCUUCAUAAUUAUCAACUUUUCACCUUGCUUUCUGUUCAAAAUUAGGACUGGAGCAAUUUCUUGUAUUUUUGCAUGAUUUCAGUAUGGAGUAAUUAAGUUAGGUUUCUUGAUUUCCUUGAGGGAAUCAUUCAUAUCUCAACAACAUUUCCUCGACAGCAAGUUCUCACUUCCUGAAACCAAAUUUGUCAAGUUCCCCUGUGGAAGAAUUGUUUAUGCAAUUUCUCUCUUGCAUAAACCUCAGCCACAAAUUCUUUCACAUAUAGCACCACAUUUAGCAGGGUACGUUCAGAUAGCAAAAUUUAGUUUGGUUGAGAAGAUCCAUGGAGUACAGUUUAAUUUGGUUGAGAAGAUCCACAAAGCGGAGUUUAAAAUGGUUAAGAAGAUGCAUGAAGCGAAGUAUAAUUUGUUUAAGAGAAUUCAUGCAGUUGGUCUUGAGAAAUGAUCCUGUUGUAUUGGCACCAGAGUCUAUAACGCUCUUGGUUCAAGGCAUCUCUCUCAAGAUUCCCUCUCAACAGGUACAACUUCAGAUGACUGUUCCAAACUUCGAAAAAAAACGUUUUAAUGGGAUGGCAGAGUGUCUCAGACGCAAUUGUGAGGAAUUCAAGCAAAAAAUAGUCAAGGAAAUGGCUGCACAAAUCCUAGCUUUUUUCAUACAGCCACAAGAGCACUGCAUUAAAAAAGUGUGUUGCGGUGUUGAGCAUGUGGAAUUUCUGCUGCAUGAGUUGGUGAGGAUUUCAUUUACAUACACAAUUGGAAAAUCAAUGCCGGAGGAGACUGAUAUAUUAUUGAUCAAUUUGCAUCAAGACUUUUUGCCAGGGAAGCAUCGUGUAGUUAAAGAACUUGGGAAAACUUUAUGUUGGACUGGGAAAGACCUCAAGAAAAAGUUGAGGAAAGAUGAAGAGUUGGAGCUGAUUAGAGCACAUAGAGCUAAUAGAGACCGAAAGAUUUCAAGAACCCAACGGCUAAAAUACAGAGCUUACUUUGUAUAGACAAAGAAAAUUUAGCUCACACAACGUUGUCUCUCGAUUACUUUGUGUAAAGAAGAGUGUUUUGUUGAUGUAAGAUCGAUUAAGGUACAUGGUGAAACUGUACCGAUAAAAUCUGUAUUUAAUACAAUUCUCUGACAGUUUCCAA